AUGCACUUUUUCGACAGCAAACAUACGACAUUUGUCACGGAUAGGGGAUUAUACUGUUAUAACGUCAUGCCAUUCAGACUGAAAAAUACGGGAGCAACAUAUCAGAGGCUUGUCAACCGAAUCUUUGCCAAAUACAUCGACAGCAUCAUGGAGGUGUAUGUCGAUGAUAUGUUGGUAAAAAGUAGGAUAGCCGAGGAGCACCUACAUAAUUUGGCCCUUAUGUUCGGUAUACUAAAAGACUACUGGAUGAGACUAAACCCAUCGAAGUGCGCCUUCGGUAGAGGGAUCGAGGCAAAUCCUGAGAAAAUCAAGGCCAUACUUGACAUAGAGAGGCCGAAGACACAGAAAGACAUCCAGAGCCUCACCGGGCGUGUCACUGCCUUGACCUGCUUCAUUUCUAAAGCCACCGAUAAAUGCAUACUGUUCUUUAAAGCCUUAAAAGGAGGCAAACACCAUGUCACAUGGACUGCCGAAUGCGAUAAGACAUUUCAAGACUUAAAGAACUACAUGAGCAAAACACCUCUGCUGUCGAAACCCCUCCUAGGGGAGGUUCUGUUUCUUUACCUUUCGGUAUCCAGCACUGCCAUUAGCUCAAUAUUAAUACACAAACCAAAGAAGGCGGAAUUACCGAUCUUUUAUGUCAGUAAAGCACUGCAAAGUGCAGAGCUUCGGUACCCUCCCCUAGAACAGCUGGCCCUUGCUCUCGUUGUCUCAGCCCGAAAUCUCCGUCCAUACUUCCAAGCCCACGAAAUAACAAUUUUAACCAACCAACCGCUUCGGCAAGUACUCCAGAAACCCGAGACAUUCGGCCGAUUGGUCAAGUGGGCAAUCGAGCUAGUAGAAUUUGACAUACAAUUCAAGCCAAGACGUACUGAGAAAGGACAGGUCGUCGCUAAUUUCAUCUCCGAGCUCACACCUCCGAUAACACUCGAACCGGCAGAUUCACGAACUGACGCCACAGAGCCUAGGGUGCUGAGCGCAGGAUAUUUCAAUCCUUCAAUCCCGUUGUGGAUCCUGCAUGUCGACGAUUCGGCAAAUCAGCAAAGGUGCGGAGCUAGCCUUGUACUUACCGAAUGGGGUCAAGAUAGAGUAUGCCCUCCGAUUCAGCUUUCGAACGUCCAACAAAGAGGCAGAGUAUGA